CUCUAGAGAAGACUGAAAAUCAGGGAGAUCUCAACUCUUCUCUAUACACUCCACACUAUAUUUAGGACUUGGACCAAUCAGAAGACUUGCUAGCGUUACAUAUUCACCAUAUUCUGAACGGUAUCUCAACCUGGUGUUGUGAAGAAACUGGGGCCAUUGGUGCUUGUUGGUGAUGGGGUUUAUGAUGGAGGGCUCUCAGAGAGACUGGGAAAUCUUGCUGGAGCUAGAGGAACGUCUCACCAGGUGGCUGGUGCAGAGCUCAGCUUUGGCUUACUAUGGAAACCCAUGGAGCUCCAUGGAAACCCAGUCUGAGGAAGAAGAGGAAGACGAGGACAUCCCAGCUGUUCUCAGCCCCACCUACAAGCAGCGAAAUGAAGACUUCAGGAAGCUCUUCAAACAGCUCCCGGAUACAGAGCGCCUCAUUGUGGAUUACUCCUGCGCUCUGCAGAGGGACAUCCUCCUGCAGGGAAGACUCUACCUCUCUGAGAACUGGAUCUGUUUCUAUAGCAACAUCUUUCGCUGGGAGACACUCCUGACGGUGCGCCUGAAGGAUAUUUGCUCCAUGACAAAAGAAAAGACAGCGCGUCUCAUUCCCAAUGCCAUCCAAGUGUGCACGGAUACUGAGAAGCACUUUUUCACGUCGUUCGGGGCGAGGGACAGGACGUACAUGAUGAUGUUCCGGCUCUGGCAGAAUGCUCUGCUGGAUAAGCCCCUGUGUCCUAAGGAACUGUGGCACUUUGUCCAUCAGUGCUAUGGUAAUGAGCUUGGGCUGACCAGUGACGAUGAGGACUACGUCCCCCCUGACGAUGACUUUAACACUAUGGGUUACUCGGAAGAGAUCCCUGCUGAAGAGAACGAGGUCAGUAAUGAUAACUCCUCUAAGAGCAGUGGAGAGAAUAAGCAGGACAGCAGCCCUCAAUCACAAAAGAGAUCCAUCACACAGUCCACCAUCACAUCCACGCCCAGUAGCACAGACCUGCCUCUGUCUUUUGCCAUUCCUCCUGAGGAAUACACGGACUGCCUGCCGGACCCGGAGCUCUUGACGUUGCCUCUGCUGGCUGACGAGAGGAACUGCGAGUUGGCAGAGGGACAGCUGGGUCCAGUGUCCUCACCCUCGCUCGAUUUCAAUGAUAACGAAGACAUCCCAACUGAGCUCAGCGACUCAUCGGACACGGACGAUGAAGAAGUAGAGGUCCAGGCGUUCCAUGAUGACCUAAACGGGCGUCAGUGCAUUAACGAGGUCUACAAGUUCAGCGUGGAUAAGAUGUACUCGUUCCUCUUCACCGAGUCGCAGUUCAUGGCUGACUUCAUGGAGCAGCGCAGAUUCACAGACAUAGUGUUUCAGCCCUGGAGGAAAGAGGAAGCAGGGAACCAGAGGAGAGAGAUCAUGUACACCAUCUCGCUCUCCAACCCGCUGGCUCCCAAAACGGCCAACGUCAGUGAGACUCAGACUCUGUACAAGGCCAGCCAGGAGAACGAGUGUUACAUCAUCGAUGCGGAAGUUGUCACUCAUGAUGUUCCUUAUCACGACUAUUUCUACACACUCAACCGCUACACACUCACACGCGUGGCCAAGAACAAGUGUCGGCUCAGGGUUUCUACAGAGCUGCGAUACAGGAAGCAGCCAUGGGGACUGGUGAAAGGUUUCAUCGAGAAGAACUUCUGGAGUGGACUGGAGGAGAACUUCAGGAGCCUCGAACUGGAGCUGACAAAAGCUGAGGACCUGCUUUUAGAAGCACACGGGCCUUCCCCGAAAAUGAAAAACCUGAAAAACUCCACCCUGAGGCGAAGAAAAAGGGCCCUCCCACACCUACGCACACCUCACCUGGAGGAAACACUUAGCCCUGUGACCACGCCUACUGACGAGGAGGUCAUCCAUAGAAUCAAGCAUGUAUCAGGCUCCACACAAACAAGACACAUUCCUGAACACACCCCAGGGGGCGGCGCCUUCUGUAAAAUCUCCAAAUUGCUGCUCAUUAUCAGUUUCGUCCUGGUGCUGCUGGUUUUCCUGAACAUGAUGCUCUUCUAUAAGCUGUGGAUGCUGGAGUACUCCGCUCAGAGCCUGAUGACCUGGCAAGGCCUAAGUCUGGACGAGAGUAAAUUACCACAGACGCAAGUGGAAUGGGCUCAGCUUCUAGAGUCUCAGCAGCGCUUCCAUGAAGCCGAACUACAGAAAUGGAGAGAGAUCAUCAAAUCAUCAGUUCUGCUGCUGGACCAGAUGAAGGACUCUUUACUGAGUCUUCAGAGAGGUGUCACUUUUAGAGACUAUGGCUCGGACUCUGACGAGAAGCGGACUCGUUACCACUGACCCCUCCCCGUAGAGCCACUAGGUGUCGCCGGGCAGCGUCGAGCCACAUCUCUGUGUGCGAGUGUGUGUGCCACAGCAAAACAGGCAGAACCCGUCUGUGCACUGCUGUUACACGAAGGACGGAGAGAGAUCUCAGAGAAAGAGAGGGGGAACGUUUACGUCGAGUCCUAAAGGAUAUCACACCUCCGUCUGCUCUGUGGAAUCAUGGGAAUGUGAUGUCCUGCAGUCUCCCCUCUUUUUCUCUGCCUUUCAUUUACUGAUGAUAUGAUGCCGAAAGCCGUUGCUAUGGAGAGACAAAAGCUGUGGGUUGAAGAUGUGAAAUGGAGGCAAAAUUACAAGGUUGUUGGGGGGUUUUUUGCUUGUUUUUUGUUUGUUUUUUUGUUUGUUUGUUUGUUUUUUUUAGUUUCAUUUUAAAUCCUCCGGUCCUUGUGGUGAUGUGAAGCCUUUUCCUGUUCAGUGAAGAAAAGUGAUGUGUUCAUUUCAGCCUCCGGGAGACUCUCUGGCAUGUCAUUUCACUGUAAGGCUGCAGUGUCCCUUUACCAGGAUACACAUGGCCAUGGUGACACUCCGUACUUUUCGUAAAUGCAGCCGUUAGACAUGAAAAUCUAAUUGGUUACUGAUGUUAUAUUGUUUUUUGUGUCCAGAUUUGUCUGGUUAUUGCUGUAUUUUAAAGUCUUACAGAAGCCACAUCAAAGUAGUAAAGUGCCUUUUAAACCUCAAAGGAGCGCUUUUGUAAAUUUUAGAGAUUUCUGCUGCCUGUGAGCUGAAUCAUGAAAAUUUCCGAGCACAAGGUGAGCGCUUUGGGUCCAACUCGAGAGGCUGUAGUUAAGGGCGGGGCAGUGGCACUGAUACUGAUAGCCUUCUGGCUCUGCACUCUCUCCCAUCAGCUUCUCCCAGUUCUGGAACUUCCAGUUGCUCAAACUUUCAAAUUCAAUCACUUUACUGUUAUUUCAUCUCAUCUCAUUAUCUCUACCCGCUUCAUCCUGUUCAGCAGGGUCGCAGGCAAGCUGGAGCCUAUCCCAGCUGACUACGGGCGAAAGGCGGGGUACACCCUGGACAAGUCGCCAGGUCAUCACAGG